GGCUGAUAUGAGAUUCGUGGAAAAAUGCUCACUGUGAAAGAAGAUCGGUAAAACCACGGACACCUCCCUGUCAUAAAUGUAUAUUUUUUUCGCCAACCAAUUUUUGUCACCGUGGAAACAAAAACCACAGGGAACUUCAGAGGAGAAUUCUUCUGCAUAGUAGGACAAAUCAUUUCGGAAACCAAAACUAAAAGAUGCCGAAGGAAAUCAAGGAAAUCCGCACUUUCUUGCAGCACUCCCGCCGAAAGGAUGCCAAGAAGGUGAUCAUCCUGAAGAGUCCGGAGCAGUCCAGCGGCAACGUCGUCACCAAGUUCAAGAUUCGCUGCUCCCGCUACCUGUAUGAAUAUGCACAUUUUGCUUUUCCUUGCCUUUCGAGAUAACUUUUGGACAAUUUAAAGACAGUGCUGGCGCAUUUUUCCAUAUUCAUCUUCACUGCCGUGUAGAGCAACAUGGCGAAAUACGCAGUAGAGUGUCGGUAUGAGUAGCUUAAGAGGGAAGGUGUGCUUUUCGUCGAAAGGAAACCUAAACCAAUUUUGCAGACCCGCACGAGUUUUACUCGAAGUUUGAUUUGCUUUACUCGGUUUCGACGCCUAUUGCUGAGAGAGUUGUAGCAUGACUGAGGCCAACAUCGAAACGUCCUCGUCCUCGAUCGAUCUAAAUAUCCAACAAAAUCAAAAUUUCAGGUACACUCUGGUUGUCAAGGACAAGACGAAGGCGGACCGCUUGGCGCAGUCUUUGACUCCUUCCCUCGAGAAGAAGGAAAUCAAGGGACGCAGGAAGGUCACCGUGCUGAAGUAAAUUCGAUCGGGGUUCUACUUUCAGCUCGCUGUUGCCAGUGGUGCUAGCAUGCAGACACGACAUGUGAAUGUCCUCCAUAUGUCUUUGUCCUAAUAUUCGCAGAAGAAGUUCCUCAU